AUGUCGACUAAAGGGAUGUGUAGUCACAACUACUAUCGGCUUUUGAGAAGGUGUUUCGCAUCGCAAGCAACAAGACCUUUCUUUUAUCAAGAUAUACUGCAGUUGGAAAAACCCCCGUAUGCCGAAACACGUUUCCGAAAGCUAACGGGCGACCUAGUGUCUCUAAAGGAAUUCGAUAAUAAAAGAAUUUUGAAAGUCGAUUCUAAGGCAUUGACUUUGUUGUCCGAGCAAGCCAUGGUGGAUGUUGCUCAUCUUUUAAGACCAUCUCAUCUCCAAUCGCUUUCAAACAUCCUUAAGGAUCCUGAAGCAUCUAACAACGAUAAGUUUGUUGCACUUGAGCUCCUGAAGAAUGCUAACGUCGCAGCUGGAAUGAUUCUACCUGGUUGUCAGGAUACUGGCACGGCUAUAUGUAUGGGGAAAAAAGGCCAGUUCGUCUGGACGGAUGGUGACGAUUCAGAAGCUAUUUCGCUUGGCAUAUAUAAUACAUACACGUCGAAGUGCCUUCGUUACUCUCAAGUCGCUCCAUUAGAUCUGUUCACAGAAAAAAAUACCUGCACCAAUCUGCCGGCACAAAUUGAAAUAUAUUCGACCAGUGGCAACGAAUACAAUUUUCUGUUUGUUGCAAAGGGCGGUGGGUCGGCCAAUAAAACUUUCUUGUAUCAACAGACAAAGGCUCUCCUCAAUCCUAAAAGUUUAUAUACAUUUAUCAAUGAAAAAAUUAAAACGUUAGGAACUGCUGCUUGUCCCCCAUAUCAUUUGGCUGUUGUCAUUGGUGGAACAUCAGCCGAAUUUACUCUAAAAACUGUGAAGCUUGCAUCGUGCAAGUAUUUGGACCACCUUCCUUCAACAGGUAAUGAACAUGGAAGAGCUUUUCGUGAUCGUGAGGCUGAAGAAAAAGUUCUGGAAUUAACUCAAAAAGUCGGGAUAGGAGCACAGUUUGGGGGUAAAUACUUCUGUCAUGAUGUACGGGUAAUCCGCUUGCCUAGACAUGGGGCAUCAUGUCCCGUUGGUAUUGGCGUUUCUUGCUCUGCAGAUAGGCAGAUUCUGGGAAGAAUAACUGGUGAUGGAGUUUUCCUUGAGGAGUUAGAAACUGAGCCAUCUAAAUAUUUACCUGAUCCAUCUUUAGAUCAACUUCCUAAUGAUGUUGUUAAAGUAAAUCUGAAUCUUCCAAUGAGAGAAGUUCUUGCUGAACUUUCUAAGUACCCAAUCAGAACUCGUUUAUCACUUACCGGGACUUUAGUUGUUGCCCGUGAUAUCGCCCACUCGAAGAUUAAGGAACGUCUUGAUUCUGGUCAACCAAUGCCUGAAUACUUAUGUAAUCACCCAGUAUAUUACGCUGGUCCAGCUAAAACACCCACGAGUUAUGCUAGUGGGUCUUUCGGACCAACCACAGCUGGUCGGAUGGAUUCUUAUGUUGAUCAAUUCCAACAAGCUGGAGGUAGUAUGAUUAUGCUAGCGAAAGGAAACCGAUCUAAAGCUGUGACAAAUGCGUGCAAAAAGCAUGGAGGCUUUUAUCUAGGUUCGAUUGGUGGUCCGGCUGCAAUCCUUGCUCAGAAUUGUAUAAAAAAAGUCGAAGUUCUCGAAUAUCCAGAACUGGGAAUGGAGGCUAUUUGGCGUGUCGAAGUUGAGGAUUUCCCUGCCUUCAUAGUCAUCGAUGAUAAAGGCAACGAUUUCUUUAAAGAAUGGCAAGUAGAAUAA